CUAAUGUCUUUGGUGGAGGUUUGUCUAAAGCAUCUAUGCUGGCCAUUGGAUUCAUUCUAGGCUACUACCCCAAUGAAAACGACAACUACCACACCAAUGACGACGGGAGCUACCACACCAAUGACAACGACAACUACCACACCAAUGACAACGACAACUACCACACCAAUUACUACUCCAACACCACAGAAAUUCAGCAUUACCAUGAAUGUGGAUUUCAAAGAUGAAUACAAUCAAGAAAACAAUGAUUUACACAUAACUGUUAGGAACGCUAUUAGCAGUGAAGGAGACAAGAAAGGUGUAAAAGCACAAUUAAUUACAUUCCGGAGAGGAAGUACCAUUGCUGAUUAUGAAGUCAGUGGUCCCUCUUCUGCUGCACCAGACUUUCAAGCACUCUACUAUGGAAUAAUUGCCAAACUGGCAGAAACAUAUGCUAUGAUAUAUGACGGCUCAGCAUUCCUGACGUUUACGCCAAAUGAUGGAUUUUAUGAGCAAGUAGUGACUAUAACCUGUGGCCCUCCACCAGUGGCGUUUGGCGCUGUCUCAGGAGCAGAAUGGAGUCGUGAUACGAAAACCAUUAUUGAAGAUGGAGGACACACAAUUUCCAAAACGGAUAAAACAUCAACUUUGACUAUAUCACGUUUUAUUAGCUUUGACAACGUCUCACCAAUCACAAAGACUGUGGGGUGCACGGACGAAGUGAAUCUGACGUGCAGUGUCAGUGAUGGGUACCAGGUUACGUUUCUGGGUUAUCCUGAUGCAGGCAUUGGUAAUGUGAUUACCUAUAAAUAUAACAUCCCUCAAGAUUGUAAAAAAGACACAAAGACAUUCACCUGUCAGCCAAACCCCAAUCCUGGAUUUACAAAAGAUAUAACACUGCAGAUAUCCCCAGAUACCUUUUACUGUGUAAAUGAAACAUAUGGCAAAGGAAAUAAAGGUGACAAAGUUGCAGUGCCCUGUGCCCCAAACUACGCGGGAGAAAUAACUGUAAUUUGUAUGGAAGAUAGUAAAUUUGGAGUUUUACAAGACAACUGCAUCCUGCUUCCAGUUCAGCAGCUGCUUGAUGAGUCUCAGUUCUUGACUGCCACGACAUUGCCAGUAUUUUUGGAACAGCUCAAAAGCGUCACUGUCAACUUCACUAAUGAAGUGGCUCAGUCUCCUCCCAACAUUAAGGCUAUUGUCAAAAUACUCUCCAAUGUAGCCAACAGAUCUUCAUUAUUAGAUAUCUCAAUUAGCAGAAAUUCAAUGGAGAAUAUCCUGAUAACUGCAGAUGCUCUCACCCUCAGUCAAACAAAGCCAUCAUGGAACCGUCUGAACAUCAAUGAUACCAUAAACAUAUAUAACAACUCCAAAGCUGAAAGUGUCAGCUCAUCAUUCGUGCAGUCGCUUGAGACAGUAACACGUCGUCUUGUCAAUGACACGCUUAAUAUUAACACAGCAUCUAUUCAGUUAAACCAAACUACCUUCACAAACACUUUUGAUGCUGUAUUUAAUUCUUCGGUGGCAAUAGAAAUAGAAGCUGGUGGAGAAAAUAAAACAAUCACUACAAUAAUAUUUGACACAUUGGAUAAUGUACUCCCUGCAAGAGAUCAAGACAAUUCAUCAUUCAAUUUUAUAAAUGGCAGGGUUGCACUUGUUCAGUCCAGUGGUGAUAUCAAUAAUAUCUCUCUCACAUUUGAUAUUUUAAACUCUACACUGGGGAACCCUGAAUGUGUCUUCUGGAACUUCAGCCUCUUUGAUGGUCUGGGAGGAUGGGACAAUGAGGGCUGUGAGGUCGUGUUAAACAUAAAUGAAACAGGAACUGUGACCUGCAGCUGCAACCACCUGACCUCAUUCUCUAUCCUCAUGUCACCAAACAGUCCGGAGGGCCUUGCUUUGGACAUUAUAACCUACAUUGGAGUUGGUCUGUCCAUGGGUUCCUUGGUCAUAUGUCUCAUCAUUGAAGCCCUCAUAUGGAGAAAAAUCAGAAAGAAUGAAACUUCUUACUUGCGUCAUGUUUCCAUUGUCAACAUUGCCGUGUCUCUCCUGAUUGCAAACAUCUGGUUUAUAGUUGGAGCAGCCAUUUCAGAUGCAGAUGUGAAAAACCCCCCAGCAUGCACUGCAGCUACCUUUUUUAUCCACUUUUUCUACCUAGCCCUGUUCUUCUGGAUGUUGGCCUCAGCUCUGCUGCUGCUCUACCGCACAACUAAUGUCUUUGGCGGAGGUUUGUCUAAAGCAUCUAUGCUGGCCAUUGGAUUCAUUCUAGGCUACGGGGCUCCUCUCAUCAUCGCAGCUGUAACUAUUGCUUCAACUGCACCAGGCAAUGGAUAUAUCCGAGAAAAUGCAAUCUGCUGGCUCAACUGGGAAAAGUCCAAGGCUCUACUGGCAUUUGUGAUUCCUGCACUUUUAAUAGUGGUCAUAAACCUCAUUAUCCUGGUUGUGGUGUUGUACAAAAUUGUGAGAAGAAGGGUUGGGGCGAAUGCUGCACAAGCAGGUGAGAGGCACGUUUUAAUGGUUAUUGGCAAGAGUUUGGCUGUGCUCACACCAUUUUUUGGAAUAACUUGGGGUUUGGGAGUUGGAAUCCUGGCUAAUCCAGAGAAUGAAGGAAUCCAUAUUGCAUUUGCAUUCUUCAAUUCACUGCAGGGGUUCUUUAUUUUGCUGUUUGGAACACUGUUGGAUGGUAAGGUGCGGUCAGAAAUAGCAGCAUUAUCACAACUUUCCAGUGGCAGAAGUGGGACGGGGACCACCAGUGCCGGAAACUCAUCAUCAAGUGGAUUUGGAUUUUUUAGGAACCUGAGACGUGGAAGAGAUGGCUACCAUGUGUCUAGCGCAUCCAGUGAUUUCCAAUCUGCAAGCAACACAUAAAUUGUUCAGAUAACUUUGGCCAUUCAACAAUCAGUAAAGCAAGUCCGGCUUUUUGGAUAUAUAUUUUUUUGCUUUCCGCAGCUAUAAUAAUUUCA